AUGGCUUUGAUUAUUUUCGCGCAUCUGCACGGGACCACCACUGCCUUGAUUCUCCUUGCAGUUAUCCUGACAGGUGAUGCAGUUGCACAGGUUUUUGACAGCUAUGGAUUAUCAUACGCCUUGAGGUCUGAGCUUUCAGAAGAUACGAUAUUGGUUGCUAAUAAUGGGAUCCGUGUGCCUUUCGGGAGAUCAGCUUUUAUUGAUCCCAUUAACGAUUUGGUUAUCCAAGUUCAACCCGGUGACAGAUGCAGCAUAACAGUUUUGGAUAAUGAUCCCUUGUCUCAAAGGCCUGGACGACUGUCGCCGAAAAAGUUUUCGUGUGAAUUUGGCCCCAACGACGUGAAAUAUUCUCACUUUGGCUCCAGGAGUCCUCCGAGGGACCGAGUGAGGUUACAGCUCAGGUAUGACACCCAAACGGAUACAAUUAUAAUACCAUUCAUGAUGGAAGUGGAAGUUGUUUUUACACAGCUGGAAGUGCUAACCAAAAAUAUGCCACUUACUGUUGAUAAAUUGCUCGGCACAAGUAAUCCCAUCGAUGGAAGAAUUUUAGAAUUUACCUUUGACAGAAGUGCACAACAGUGCAAAAUAGCUUCACUCUCCAGUGGUAACGUGCUUCCCAGGUAUGGAAGACUUGUGGACGAGGACAGCCUCGGAACAAUGCUGGACUGUGAUGAAUUUAUUAAAAUGAACACCCGUUAUCAGCACACUUUUUCUUUGAAGUCUCCAAACAGAGAUUACAUUCCUAUGCUUGUUGAAUUGCAUGAUAAAGAAGGAAAUUUGCUCAAGCAGGAGUUCUUCCAGAUUUUGGUGAGAAUAAAAGAUGGAGAGGACAAUACUCCCCCUAAGCCCAGCUUUACUGCUAUGAUGAUGAUGGAAGUAGACCAGUUUGUAAUGACAGCAAUAACCAUGGAUAUGUUGGCUGCAGAGGAUGUGGAAUCUAAUCCUGACGAAUUAAUUUUCAACAUCACAUCCCCUCUGUCCUUUGAGGAGGGCUACAUAGUCAGCACGGAUGACAGAAAUUUACCAAUAACCUCAUUUUACCAAGGAGACCUCAAAGAAUUGAAAAUCGCAUAUAAACCCCCAGCUGUGGAUUCAGACACUGACAGGAUUUUCCAGAUUGAGUUUGAGGUUGUGGACACAGAGGGGGCUGUAUCAGAGCCCUUUGCUUUCAUGAUUGUUGUUAAGCCCAUGAACACGUUGGCCCCGGUGGUCACAAGGAAUACUGGACAGUUACUGUAUGAAGGUCAGUCUAGGCCUUUGUCUAGUUCACAGAAUCUGGAAAUCAGUGAUGAGGACAAUUUAGAUAAUGUCAAAAUUACUGUUAUUGAUGGACUGAGGCAUGGAGAGUUAACAGCUAUGGGCUCAAGGAGGAAAUUUUUCACCCCAGCUGACCUUGAUGCUGGAGUAGUCAUUUAUCAGCAUGAUGGUAGCGAUACGUAUAGUGAUAAUAUUAUUUUCAAAAUGACAGAUGGCACAAAUGAAGUGGAGUUUCUGUUUCCCAUCACUGUUGUGCCAACAGAUGACGAGCCUCCUAUAAUCAAUGCAAACACUGGUUUGGUUUUAUUCAAAAACCAAAUGAUGCCAAUCUCCUCACUUAUGCUCAGUGCAGCUGAUAUUGACUCUGAAGAUUCUACAAUAAAAUUCACAUUAGAGUCUCCCUUGUCAACAGUGGGCCAGGUUAUGCUGCGUCAGUCUGAGGCACCAGAGGACCCAUCUACAUGGAAGUUUAAUACAGAUGAUGAAAUGUAUGAGAAAGUUGUAACCGAAUGGUUGCAGCAGGAUAUUACUGAUGGGAAACUGUUCUACAAGCACAUAGGGCCCCACAGCACCAGUACAGUCAUGGAUCAGUUUGUGUUUAGAGUACAAGAUGACAACGACCCACCAAAUCAGUCAGGCAAGAGUUCAUUCAUAAUCAAAAUCCACCCUAUCGAUGACCUCCCUCCUGAGCUGUACCCUGGCACAACCUUACAAAUGACCGUACAUGAGUAUCAGGUCACUCACUUUCGAAAGAAAUUCCUCCGUUACACUGACCUAGACUCGGAGGAUCGGGAUCUCAAAUACACAAUCAUCCAACCACCAACAGACACAGAUGAGAAUAACCCUGUUGUGUUGGGAGCACUGGUACUAACUGAAAAUCCAAACACAGUAGUCACAACUUUCACUCAGGCACAAAUUAACCACCACAAAAUAGCUUACAAACCACCUGAUCUUGAGCUUGGAAUUACCACACGUGUUUUACAGUUUAGGUAUGCUGUGGAGGAUGUGUCCAGAAAUAGUGUAGAAGGAUUUUUCACUAUAUUUCUAAAGCCUGUGGACAACAAACCACCUCAAAUAACGAACUCUGGCUUUACUGUGAUGGAGCAUGGAAGACAUAUCCUUACAAGAGCUGAGCUGGAUACCUUAGACACAGACACGGACAGCAACAAGAUUACCUUCACUGUUACCCAGCCUCCACUACAUGGUCAGAUCCAGUUUACAUUCACUGACAUGACAAAAGGAGAUACUUUCCGUGUAGAGGAUAUUGGAAAUGGUAUGAUUUCAUAUGUCCACAAUGGAGAUGAAUCAACAGUGGAUUUAAUACAUAUAGAUGUCAGUGAUGGGGUGCACAUUGUUCCAAUAACUAUAAAGAUUACAGUGAAGCCAAUUGAUGAUGAGACUCCAACUAUUAGUCUUCCAGCUGGCACAAUAGGCUCCUACAUAGAUGUUUUGGAAAAUGGAGCCACAGAAAUCACAAGUAAUGUCAUCCAGGGAAGAGAUGAAGACACUGAUGACCUCCGUUUGACCUUUAUUGUUGAGGACAAGCCAUCAUUUGGUGAAAUCCUGGUGAAAGGGGUUCCAUCAAGCACAUUCACUCAAGCUGAUAUCAUUAACGGCUUUGUGGUCUAUGCUCAUACCAGUGGGGAGAUUGGCUUGAACACAAAGGAGGACUAUUUCAAUCUCACUUUGACAGAUAUGUCUGAUGAGUGGACUGUAGGAGGAAAUAAAAUCACAGGUGUGAGAGUGCAUGUAACGAUUCUUCCUCUGGACAGCCAGGCUCCAGAGGUCUUUGUGGGGCCACAGUUCACUGUUACUGAAGGAGAGAAGAAUGUCAUUCAGAUUCUUCACAUAAGCGCUGAUGAUGUUGACACCCCCAGUGAUGAUCUCCUUUGUACGAUUAUUGUACAGCCAACUUCAGGUUAUGUGGAAAAUAUCUCUCCUGCUCCAGGUUCAGAAAAAUCUAGGUCCGGAACAGCUAUUAGUGCUUUCACCAUCAAGGACAUCAGACAGAAUCACAUUUACUAUGUUCAAAGCAUUCACAAAGGAGUCGAGCCAGUGGAGGACAGGUUUACCUUCAGAUGCUCUGAUGGCAUCAAUUUCUCUGAAAGGCACUUUUUUCCCAUCUCCAUAAUCCCCACUAAUGAUGAAAAGCCAGAGAUUUACAUAAGAGAGUUUGUAGUUAUGGAGGGCAUGAACAUAGUUAUUGAUACUCCUAUUUUGAAUGGAGCUGAUGCAGAUCUCCCUUCUGAUCACCUCGCAUUCUUCAUUAUCAAACCCCCCAGACACGGAUUUAUUCUCAAUCAGCUCACUACUGGCACUCUCCCUGUGUCUAACUUCACCUUGGAUCAGAUCAGGGAGGCCUCCAGUAUAGUGUAUGAGCACGACGACUCAGAAACCACAGAGGACAGCUUUGACAUUCUUCUCACAGAUGGAAAGUUCAGUGUAGAGAAAACUGUGAUAGUUAUGAUUAUCCCUGUGGAUGAUGAAACCCCGAGGAUGGCUAUCAACGAUGGCCUUGAAAUUGAGAUAGGUGAUGUUAAGACAAUUAACAGCAAUGUUUUAAAAGCUACUGAUGUGGAUUCUGAGGAUAGCACACUAACUUACAUAAUUAAAUAUGGACCUGGUCAGGGAUAUUUGCAAAGAAUAAUGCCAUUUGGGACAUUUCAAAAUAUCACUGUUGGGAUGAAUUUUACUCAGAGUGAGGUAGAUCAGGGUUUGAUUGUGUACACUCAUAAUGGUCAAGAGGGAGUUCGAGACCUCAUUAAAUUUGAUGUGACAGACGGCAUCAACCCUUUAAUUGACAGAUAUUUCUAUGUUACAAUUGGUGGCAUUGACAUGGUUUUCCCUGAUGUGAUUAGCAAAGGUGUAUCUCUUAAAGAGGGUGGAAGAGUUACUUUGACAACUGAUCUUCUCAGUACUAGUGACCUUAACAGCCCAGAUGAACACUUAGUUUUCACAAUCACCCGUGCUCCAAUGAGAGGACAUCUGGAAUGCACAGACACCCCUGGGAUGCCCAUCUCAUCCUUUACGCAGCUUCAGCUGGCUGGUAAUAAAAUUUUUUACAUCCAUACUGCUGACGAUGAGGUGAAAAUGGAUAGCUUUGAAUUUGAAGUGACUGACGGCUACAACCCAGUCUUCCGCACUUUCCGCAUAUCCAUUGCUGAUGUGGACAAUAAAAAGCCUGUAGUGACAAUACACAGCCUGGUGGUGACUGAGGGAGAAAACAAACUCAUCACACCUUUCGAGCUAACAGUUGAAGACAGAGACACUGUUGACCCCUUUUUAAAAUUCACAGUUACUCAAAUUCCAGUUCAUGGACGCCUGCUCUUUAAUAACACCCAGCCUGUCACCUCUUUUACGAAACAGGACCUUAAUGAGAACUUAAUCAGCUACAAACACGAUGGCACAGAGAGUGCAGAGGACAGUUUCUCCUUCACUGUCACUGAUGGCACCCACACAGACUUCUAUGUUUUCCCUGACACAGUGUUUGAGACUCGAAAGCCCCAAGUGAUGAAGAUUUCUGUUCUGUCUGUGGAUAAUGGGGUACCACAGAUUGUGGUGAACAAAGGUGCCCCAACAUUGCGGGUUUUGGAGACAAGUCACCUGGGGUUUGUCAUCACAAGUAAGACCCUAAAAGCAGAGGACAGAGACAGCCCCCAGGAUUCUGUGAUUUUUGGAAUUACGGUAGCCCCGGAACAUGGUUACCUGAUAAACCUCGGCAAAGGAAAUGCUACUAUCACCAGCUUCACACAAGCUGAAAUUGAUGAUAUGAGCAUAUGCUAUGUUCUGAGGGAUGGUGAGAGGGCCACAAGUGACAUCUUUCAUUUCUCCAUUGAGGACAGUGGAGGCAACAAACUUAGAAACCAACAGUUUCGACUAAACUGGGCUUGGAUAUCUCUGGAAAAGGAACACUAUGUGGUGGACGAGGAUGCGAAGUUCCUGGAGGUGGUCCUUAAACGUCGUGGCUACCUGGGGGAGACUUCUUUUGUUAGUAUUGGCACAAAGGAUGGUAGUGCCGAAAAGGACAAAGAUUUCCGCGGGAAGUCUCAGAAACAGGUGCAGUUCAACCCAGGCCAGACCACAGCCACCUGGAAGGUCAGAAUCCUGUCAGACAGCGAGUAUGAAGUGUCAGAGACAUUCCAGAUUGUGCUGUCUGAGCCAGUGAUGGCAGCACUUGAAUUCCCAGAGGUUGCUACUGUGGAGAUCCUGGACCCAGAUGACGAAUCAACAGUCUUUAUACCCUCAGCUGUGUACAACAUAGAGGAGGACAUCGGCGAGCUGCUCAUCCCUGUAAGCAGAAGUGGAGAUGUCAGUCAAGAGCUCAUGGUCAUAUGCUACACACAGCAAGUAUCGGCCACAGGCACUGUCCCCACCACAGUCCUGUCCUACUCCGAUUAUAUCUCCAGGCCUGAGGACCAUCACAGCAUCCUGCGCUUUGACAAAGGGGAGAUAGAGAAAUCCUGCCGGGUGGUGAUCAUUGAUGACUCCUUGUACGAAGAUGAGGAAAGUUUCAAUGUCACCCUCAGCAUGCCCAUGGGGGGCCGCCUGGGCUCAGAAUUCUCUACAGCCAGAAUCAUAAUCAUUCCGGAUAUGGAUGACGAUCCUGUUUUCUACUUUGACAACACAGAAUAUCAUGUGGACGAGAGUGAUGGCUUUGUGGAAGUGAAGGUUUGGAGGACAGGAACUGAUCUUUCCAAAGGAGGAACUGUCACAGUGCGCUCUAAAAAGACAGAUCCUGUCUCAGCUGAGGCUGGUGUGGAUUAUGUGGGGAUCAGCCGGAAUCUGGACUUUGCACCAGGGGUCACUAUGCAAACGUUUCGCGUGACCAUCCUGGAUGAUCUUGGUCAGCCAGUACUGGAGGGUCCAGAGAAGUUUGAACUAGUACUACGAAUGCCUAUGAAUGGGAUCCUUGGAGAGCCAAGCAAAACUGCCAUCCUCAUCAAUGACUCGGUCUCUGACUUGCCAAAGGUGCAGUUCCGUGAUUCUGUGUAUGUGGGCAAUGAAAACUCAGGAGAGAUCUCAGCUAGUGUUUACCGUAGUGGCGAUAUCAGCUAUAAGUCUACAGUGCGCUGUUACAGCAGGCAGAGUACAGCCCAAGUCAUGAUGGAUUUCACUGAGAGGCCCAACACAGAUGCCUCCAUCAUUACCUUCUUGCCAGGAGAGGUUGAAAAACCUUGUGUACUGGUGCUGGUUGAUGACUCAGAACAUGAGGAGGAAGAAGAGCUUCGUCUUGUGUUGGGAAGCCCGAAGAGUGAAUCCCCAUUUGGAGCAUCUGUUGGAAAGCAGAAUGAAACACUCAUUAAGAUAAAAGAUGAUGCAGACAGACCUGUUAUUAGUUUUGGAAAGCCUAGAUUCAAUGUUAAUGAACCAAAGGAAAGCGGGGAAGUCUUUGUGGUGAAGAUUCCAAUAUUACGUGUUGGAGACACCUCCAAGGUCUCUAUUGUUCGAGUUCAUACCAAAGAUGGCUCUGCCACCUCUGGAGAGGACUACCAUCCCAUAUCUGAAGAAAUUGUGUUCAAACAGGGUGACACAGAACAUUAUGUAGAAGUGGAAAUUUUAUAUGACGGUGUCAGAGAAAUGAGAGAAGCCUUCACUGUCCACCUGAAGCCUGAUGAAAACAUGGUGGCAGAAAUAAAGGUGAACAAAGCCAUCAUUUAUAUUGAGGAAACCAACAGCAUGGCAGAUGUGACAUUUCCCUCGGUGCCCAGGGUGGUUUCUUUGUUUCAUUAUGAUGACAUCGACAGAGCCAGGGACUCUCUGCCUGUGGCUGGAUACCCUGUCAUUUGUGUCACUGCUUGUAACCCUAAAUAUCCAGACUAUGACAAAACAGGCUCCAUCUGUGUAAGCGAGAACAUCAACAACACACUUACUCGAUAUCGUUGGCUUGUUAGUGCCCCCACUGGCCCAAAUGGUGUCACCAGCCCAAUGAGAGAAAUUGACUUUGACACUUUCUUCACCUCCUCAAAACUCAUAACUUUGGACUCAGUCUAUUUCCAGUCUGGCUCCAGAGUCCAGUGUGCUGCAAGGGCUGUGAACUCUAAUGGGGAUGAAGGUCUAGAACUUACUAGCCCCAUAGUGUCAAUCAGCACAGAUGAGGGAAUGUGUCAGCCUCGUGUUGCAGGCACAGUGGGGGCCGAGCCCUUCUCUGCCAAGCUGCGAUACAGUGGAACAGAGGACACAGACCACCCCAACCUCAUCAAAUUAAUUGUCACUAUGCCUCAUAUUGAUGGAAUGUUGCCUGUAGUGUCUACACGACCCUUGUCUAACUUUGAACUCACACUGAGCCCUGACGGCACCCGUGUUGGCCAUCAUCGCUGCUCCAAUUUGUUAGACUACACCGAGGUCAAGACUCAUUAUGGUUUUCUUACUGAAGCCACAAAGAAUCCUGAAGUCAUCGGCGAGACUGCGCCUUACCAAUAUAGCACAUCCCUCAGGGGAUCUAAUGCAUUACGAUUCUAUAGAAACCUCAACUUGGAAGCUUGUUUGUGGGAAUUCACAAGCUACUAUGACAUGUCUGAGCUGCUCAGUGACUGUGGAGGCACCAUCGGUACUGAUGGACAGGUUCUGAAUCUCAUCCAAUCGUUUGUGACCCUUCGAGUCCCUCUACACGUGUCAUACGUCUUUCACUCCCCUGUGGGAGCAGGAGGAUGGCAGCACUUUGACUUACAGUCAGAACUGAGGCUCACUUUUGUGUACGACACCGCCAUCUUGUGGAGGGAUGGUAUUGGUAGCCCACCAGAGGGUGAACUACAAGGUUCCCUUUACCCAACCAGCAUGCGUAUCAACGGCAAGGGUCAGCUAGUAGUCAACUUCCGCACCGAGGCUCGAUUUAGAGGCUUGUUUGUGUUCGCACACUCAGCUUCAUCCCUCACCUCCAUGGUUAUGUGUCCGGACCAUCCUGGAUUGACCUUUAACCUCAGCCUUGUGAGAAGUGAGCCGACCUACAACCAACCAGUCCAACAAUGGAACUUCAUUUCUGAUUUUGCUGUGCGUGACUAUUCUGGGUUGUAUACAGUGAGGCUGAUCCCCUGUACUUCCCCUCCAAGUCUGGAGUACACCAUCCCCCCUGUUUGUAAUCCUAGAGAGCCUCUCACCUUUGACCUGGAUAUCCGCUUUCAGCAGGUUAGCGACCCAGUAGCUGCUGAGUUCAGUCUGAACACACAGAUGAUUUUACUCUCCAAAAGGACACUUUGGCUCUCAGACGGCUCCAUGGGCUUUGGACAGGACAGUGACACUGCUUUCUCACAAGGGGAUAUAGUUUAUGGCAGAGUGAUGGUGGAUCCAGUGCAGAACUUGGGCGAUUCUUUUAUAUGCAACAUAGAAAAGGUGUUUCUGUGUACUGGAGCUGAUGGAUACGUCCCCAAAUACAACCCUAGCAACUUUGAGUUUGGCUGUUUGGCUGAUGCUCCAUCACUACUCUAUAGAUUCAAGAUUAUUGAUAAAGCCCAGCCAGAAACCCAGGCUCGCUCAUUUGGAAAUGUAGCCUUUAAUGCCUUCCUGGCAGUGGAUGAUCCCAAUGCUUUAGUUUUGGUGAGACAACCUGGAUCAGAUGGUUUCAGAAUGGAUUCUGCAGCUCUCUUCCAGGUGGCUGCAGGGAGAGAGUGGUACAUACACACCAUCUACACUGUCCGUUCCAAGGACAAUGCUAACCGUGGCAUUGGGAAGAGAAGCCUGGAAUAUCAUGUGAUAAGCCAACAAACAGAUUCUCCGACAAAGAGUCAAACUCGUGCCAGAAGAUCAGCCAAUGAUGUGCCAGACAUAAUAGAGGAGAUUGGGGUGAGCAAUAACCGUGGCACCAACAUUCUGCACAUCGCACUGGACCAAAGCAGCCAGCGCAAAACAAGUCCAGAGAGGGAGAUCUUCACCAAAGGAAACAUCCCUCACAAGCUCAACCAGAGAGACAGUGAUGACAACCUUGUGUUGAUCAUAGGGAUCUUUGUUGGAUUGCUCCUCACGGUGCUUCUUAUCAUUGUAUUGGUGUUACUAGUACGGUCUAAGCAAGAGAAGAAAGAAGUACCCAGGACCUCCAGCAGUGCAGAGCCAAUGAUGACUCGAGGCCUCAGCAACAAUGACAGUUCAGAGGUCUAACAGACUGAAGACCGAGAGAAAUAGUUGAUAUUUUUAUUUUGCAAGUGCCUCACAUUUUGCUAAAAAAAAAAAAAAGAUCAUCUGAAACAACACAAACUACAAAAGCUUUGAUUCUUUUCAGAAAA